UCUAAACUCUCCCGCGCCCUCCGUACAGUCACCCUUCUCGCACCCGUUUUACUACUUCGACAUCGCAGCGCUUUCACUACGACCGCGACUACAACGCACUCGAACGCCCCUGUUGCGCCAUACCCGAGGAUCCGGAUGCUAACGGCUUGUGACACGUUCUGUCAGUGAUCCCCUCGUGGGCCCCCGCUAUACCCAGCGAAACAACACGACCAAUCGAUAACGUCGCAAAACAAAUUCACCGCCAACAUGCCCGGCAUAUUACCCAUGAAAGUUAUCAAAGUUGGGUCGAGCUGUCAGUCCCGCAUUGCACAAGCCUGCGAUCGAUGCCGUUCCAAGAAGAUACGGUGCGACGGCAUUCGCCCAAGUUGCACACAAUGCACCAACGUUGGCUUCGAGUGCAAGACCAGCGACAAGCUCAGUCGUCGAGCAUUUCCCAGAGGUUACACAGAGUCGCUUGAGGAGCGAGUACGACUGUUGGAAGGAGAGGUUCGUGAGCUGAAGGAGCUGCUCGACGAGAAAGACGAGAAGAUCGACAUGCUCUCACGAAUCCACUCACAUUCGCCCCAAGGAUUCUCAAACGGACAACGACCCUCCGUUCAGUCACCAGCCGCAUUAGAAAUCAGGGAAGAAUUGCAAGAGAAAGACGACACCUUCAAGGUGCAACAGCCUCCACUGCUCGUAGACGAUGAGAAUAGCGACUCGUACUUCGUUGGUAGUUCAAGUGGACGAACCUUCGUUGAGGCAUUCAAGCAAAAGGCGCAAGGGACUGGACGACUCAGCACAGACAUCAGCUCAAAUGCCUUCUUUGGAGCAGGAGCCAAAGCGUCUGCUUCUCCCACGAAGUGCAAUGUCUCUUUCAAGGCUCCGCCUCGUCUGGUGUCUGACCAGAUGAUCAACAUCUUCUUCCAGGAGUGGGCGCCCUUGUUCCCUGUCCUUCAUCGGCCAACCUUCCUUGGCUUGUACGAGCAGUAUGUCUCCAGCCUUGAGGAUCUUCACGACAAGAAGUCCAUCGCGAUGCUCAACUUGUGUUUCGGUAUUGCUGCACUGUCCAGUGACUCACGUGACGAUAAAGACGUUGCAUCAUUCGAGGCUCAAUGGCAAAGUGCUGUCGACACCUUCUUGAUGGACAACGACCUUGCGACAUUACAGUGUCUGGUUCUUGCUCAGAUAUACUGUCUCCUUAAGGGUGAUUACUCCCGCGUGCUCAAGUACAAGGGCCUAGCUAUCGGUCUGUCGCAACGCCUUGGCUUGCAUCAACUGCAGAAGCGCUUCGCACUUGGUGCACUCACUAGCGAAACCAGGAAGAAAGUGUUCUGGUCAUUGUACACUGUCGAUUGCUUGUCUGCCGCACACCUUGGUCUCCCCAAGCUGAUCAGAGAAGAAGACGUUCACUGCGAAUAUCCAGUUGACGCUGACGAUGAGUACGUCACCGAGAAAGGGUUCCUGCCGACCCUGCCCGGCGAGUCGACCAAACUUUCGAGUGCACUGGCCCUCUUCCGCCUUUCUCGCAUCCUCUCCAGAGCUUUGGCCGAGUUAUACCCAACCUCCUUAACACACGACAUCUCUUUCCGUACUGUGGCAUCCCUGGCCGAUGAUCUUGAGGAAUGGCAGAAUAACCUGGCUCCACACCUCAAGCUGACCUUCGCACAAGACAAGCCCAGCACAAACGUGACAAGUAGCAGAGCACCCAUCUUAUCUCUGGCAUAUUACCACAUCCAAUCUCUCAUAUACCGCCCCGUUGUCGUCGCCGAUCUUGGUGACAAGGGCUCGUCCGCUCUGGUUGCAGUUGGGGAUGCUUGCAAGCACAUCGUGCAGAUCGUGCAAUUGCUUGACGAGCGCAAGCUUAGCUUCUCCUUCUGCCUCAACCGCAAUGAGGUCCUCGUCCAGGCUGGAUUCGGUCUGCUCUUCCAGACCCUCAAUCUUGCUCGUGACGGCAAGCUGGUCAAGGAUUGCAACCGCCUUGUCUGUUCGGUCAUGGACAUGCUUGAGCGCAGCUCUGCAGCUGGCUCUAUGGAGUUCCGUCGUACUGGAUGUUCGAUGAUCACGGUCCCUCGAGUGGCCGCUCCUGCACUUUCCCGCCAUAACUCGGAACGAAGCAUGGGCGCCCCAAUGGACACCUUGCGCGCGACACAGAAGACACUCAAGGCCAUUGCUGCUCGCUUCUCCCCAGGUGCUAUGAAGGCUAGCCGCAACGAUUUCGAGGCUCGACGUGCCACUCUACCAACUAUCUCGCCCAACGACGGUGUACAUGGCAACCCCUCCUCGACAAGCCUCUCGUCUAUUCGCUCUGAACCACACAUAGCGCGAUCGGAACCCACCAUGAGCCCGCCAACCCAAAACCGCGCCUUUUGCUCCAUGCCAAACAACCGCCGUCCGAAUCUGACAUCACAGCCCGCUGCACACCGAAAUAUCGACUUCCUGUCGUUCAACAGUGACGCUUUGAGGAACCAUUCUCUCGUUCCCACUACUGUCAAGACGGAAGUUUCUACCUCCGAUUGGGAGCGUCUGCUCGGCUCACUAGAUGGUGGACAGACCAACAUAUACGACAACAUUUAUGGUGGCCCAGCGGCGGAGGCUCUUCUCGAUGUUCCUCUUUCUACUUCUAAUGCUACGGACAGCAGCGCCAACUGGUCGCCUGAUACCUGGGACUGGAACAGCUACGGGACCGCAGCACCCCCACGGAGCGUGCUCAGCUUCAGCGACGAGAGCCUGACCAGUGGCGAGGAGUUCAGCAGCAACUCUUGCGAAUUUGGCACUCCUGGCAGCGACAGGAUGUAUGCCGGCAUCAUGAUCCCCGAUAUGAGCACACCAACUGGACUGGCAGGGCUCGACGGCAACUUUGGCCUAUGAAAGCAAUGAUAUCACUUGACGACUUUGGUUUGGAUUUGGAAUACUGGAGUUCAGGGGCUGAGGAGUUGUUGACACUGAUGCGCUGGGCUGCACCUGGGGGUUCCUUUUCGCUUGCUUUGACUUGAGAUACCACCUUCCUCGCAAGAGCGAGAUGUUACGCGAUGUUGUACAGGGGUUGAGUGUUUUGAUCUAUCCGUUGUUUCUGCACAUACCCAGCAACAAAGAAAAUGAGUUUGAUCUAGCUGUUCAAUCUUUCUUUGCAAAAGUAGAUACGCAAUACUCAAUUAUUCC